AUGAAAAUCUGUGCUCCUUUCACUGUUGUCUUGGCUCUGACUCUGAGCAGUGACUGUGCAAGGAUGCACUACAAAUCUGGGGCAGGAAGAGGCUCAAAACAUGAGUUCACUCACCCACAAGUGUUUACGGAGGAUGGAAAUUUAUGCAAAUUUCCUUUCCGGUACGGUGGAAGGUUUUAUCACUCAUGUUUAUCAAAUGUAUUUUCCCGAAAGAAAUGGUGUUCCACAACACAUAAUUAUGACCGGGACAGGAAGUGGGGACACUGUGCUUCAUUGCCCAAAGACCACUCAGAUCACUGUGCAAACAACCCUUGCCAAAAUGGAGGGACCUGUUUUCUUGCUCAUGGCCAUGGGAUGUACCAUUGUACCUGUCCUGAGGAAUUCACGGGCAAGGACUGUCAGAUGAAGAAAUGUUUUGACAACAGUCUCUACAUGUUCUUUGAUGUGGGCAUGAGCUGGUCAAGAGUCCAACAAGGAGCUGUGGAGCAAUGCAUGUGUGUGAAUGGCCAGAUCGAGUGCGAGCAUGUCGAACACAAAAGUUGUGUUCACGAUCCUUGCAUGAAUGGUGGAGAAUGUAAAAUGGUUACCUUCAGUGGGAAAAUAGUAUGUGAUUGCAAAGGAAAUUAUGCAGGAAAGUAUUGCAAUAUUGCUCCUAGCCAUCGAUGCUAUGUUGGCAAUGGCACGGAGUACAGAGGUACGGCAAAGACAACCAUUUCUGGACACAGCUGCUUGCCUUGGGAUUCAGAUUUACUUUACCAAGAGCUUCAUGUUGACAGCAUUGAGAAAGCACUACAGCUUGGCUUGGGGCCGUUCUCUUACUGCAGAAAUCCAGAUGAUGAUGAGAAGCCAUGGUGUUACAUCACGAAGGACAACAGUUUGUCUUGGGAGUAUUGUGAUGUUCCAUCUUGUGCAAGCAGGGAAAGGAGGCCACCAGUUCCAGACAAUGUAGAUACUUCUGAAGUUACCAGAAGACCAUGUGGGAGAAGACACAAAAAGAGAAGUUUUGUGAGACCUAGAAUUGUUGGAGGAUCUUCAUCUCUGCCUGGAUCUCAUCCCUGGACAGCAGCUAUAUAUAUUGGAGAGAGUUUCUGUGGUGGAAGCCUUAUUCAGACUUGCUGGGUUGUGUCAGCAGCACACUGCUUUGCUAACAG